AUGAGGAUCUUGAAUCCAAUUCUUGUUCUCCUAUGGUUAAUUUUUCAUAUAGACAAUAGUAUUGCAGUUUCAUGUGAUCGACAUAAUGUCACCCACACCGUACAAGAUGAUUCUGUGAUUAUUAACUUUCUAUCAAAUGCUGUAUUAAAAUUAGAUCGUAGUGUUCGAUGUUCAGCAAAUUCGUCAUCAGAAACGGUGAAUGGAUGUGCUCAUCAAUGUGCGAAUCUUGGUUAUGGUCAAGAUGGCGAAAUUUUCCUUAAUUUACAGUAUCCUAACGGUACCAAUGAAACUUGCACGACAGCAUACCGUAUCGAGUUACAAGCAGCGAAAUUUGAUUUUUUUCAUGUUCCCGGUGAUCGAAUUCGUAUAGGGGUUAUACGUCCAGAAGGAUCUUUUGAUUAUGUUAAUGUUUAUUGCUCAGAAGAUGAGCCUCAAACGAUUUUCAAUACCAGUACGCCAACGAAUGAUUCCAUGCAGACAGUUGAUUGCUCGUUUAUACCGAAUCUGCCAUUGACAGACAUUUCACUCGAAACGAUUAAGACAGAUUUUCGUUCAGCACUUACCAAUAUCAAUCGAGAAGUUCCAUUACCUAUACAAUAUAGUACUUCUUUUAACUCUCUGUUACUCACCAUAUUCGCCAACGCACCACCAGCAAUGAAUCUACGUAGUACUUAUGAAUUACAUUUAAGCUUUUCUGACAAGAAUAAUCAAAAUCUCAUCUAUGAAAGAGCACGAGUAGUAGUCAAUAUUGAUCCCAAGCUUGGCAGAACAUUCAACUAUAGUCUUAUACCCAAUUUAAACCAUACGAUUACGUUCAAGCAUGUUGUCAAUUCGACUAUCUACGCUAUUUCGACUUCCACAGUGUUGCCAGUGUCUACUAGUCCAUAUCCAUACGAAGUGACAAAUCUUCGUGUCCGAGAAGAAUUUCAGAAUAUCAUCGUCAGUUGGAAUCAUAUGCAUCAUUCUGAUGAUCCAAUUGAAUUUAUUGUAUCAUGUAACUCGAAUAAUAAUGUAACAGUCAAUGUUAAGCAAGAAACAAUGUAUGUUUGUGAAAAUCUACACUUCAAUGAGACAAAUAGUAUCUCAGUGGAAACACGAAUAGUAGUACCUAAUUAUCGACACGAUCAUACAACGAUUGUGACGAUCAAUAUUCCACAAGUGCCCUGGAUACCAGAUUUAGAAGUUUAUUACAAGACAGAAACUGAUAUCGCCAUCCGAUGGAAUUAUAGAGAUGAUCUAUUGCGAACAGAUUCGUUUGAAUAUAGAAUUCAAUGUGGUUCCAAUGGUACUUUGUUUCCACUCUACAUUCAAGCGAAUGAACACCGAUGUGAAUCACUGGAACAAGGUGCAUUGCAUCUGAUCACCAUCUAUGUCGUAAAUACGAAUAACACGAUUCAACGAAAGAAAAGUAUUUUAGAAGCAACAUUACUCCCGAAAUGUCGGUAUCGAAGUCAUUUCUAUUCAUCUGAUAUGAACGGCACUCGUUUUGUUAUCAUCGAAUGGAGUCCACCCGAACAAGUGUUCGAUAAAAUACAUGUUCUAUGUCCGUCUGCGUAUAUUCCGUUUCAGUACCAUCAAAUCACGUCUUUGAUGUAUUUUAAAUGUGAAGUUACGAAUGGUUUGCCGUACGACAUAACAUUUCAUACUAUGAAGAGCGGUUUUCCACUAGCAACAUAUCGGUUUACUGACACCGCACCAAUGGGUCCUACGACAACUACAACGAUAGCAACAUCAGCAAGCUCGAGUAUCACAAGCAUUACUAGUGUUACAACGUCAGAAACAACAUCGUCAAUUAAUUCUGUACAAUCAUCAACAACAACAAAGACAACGACGACGACAUUUGCUAUAGAAACUUCAACAAGUUCCACACAUCCAGAUUGCUCUCCAGACACCAUCUCAAACAUACGAGCUGAUUUAACACAAUGGCGAAUUGCUGCUAUCAUCGCUUUCAUUAUAGCUGGAUUUCUGGCUCUACUGAUCAUUCUCUUGAUUAUUUUCUCUGUAAUUCUAUACUCGCGAAAUCGAUCUGACGAUCAGAAUGAAUAA